GACCCUGGGAUUUAUUCAGUAAGGUUCGUUUGCGACAUGUUCGGGUAUGAACUGACACAACUAUAUAUACUGAAUGGUUAGUGGAUAACCCCAGACAACGUCAACCCGUGACGAGAGCUGCUGACGAUCACGCAGUUGUCCAGACUUUACGAGAACGAUCCAUCCAUCCAUUAUGUAGGUAAUCGCCAGAUACAUAUGUAUAUUCAUUUCCAGUCAGACUUCCCAUCCAAAUACACUACAGAAGAUAGCACAAGAAGCGAAAUGAGUGGCAAAGCUGUUUUCGAGGAAACCAAGAGAAAUAAUGGGGACAAGGACUCAGGAAUCUGUGACGCACGCAAUGCAACAAAUUUUCGCAAUUUAGACCAGAAUUGCUGGAAUGUCAUAUUGGAUUAUCUCAACGUGGAAGACCAGCUAAGGCUCGUUUCCUCUGACGUGUUUGACGGUGGGAUCUUCAAGAGUUACGCAAGCCAUCGCUACAAAAGUAUUGAUAACGAGCUGACGAGUAGGACUAGCGACAAAGAUCUCAAGCAACUGUUGCAGAUCGUUGGCGAGAAUGUGGAACAUUUGGAAAUGACUUUUGAAAGCACCAAGGCCGGAUGGGAUUAUCUAAACAGUCUGAAAAAGCUUAAAUCUCUGCACGCUAAUAUGAACUUCGAAGAAGAAGAUGGGGAUAUGUUUUGUACGGGUUUCAUAGAAAAUCUCAAGAAAUUUACGUGCCUGCGGAAACUGAAGUUUCGAAUUUCGACGGUUUCGAAUUUAGCAUUCGAUGCCAAGAACUUGGCGGAUUGCUGCCAAGCGAUGUGGCAAUUGCGUCAUCGGCGUUUUGGAGCUAUUGAAAACAUCGGUAAGAACCAUUUUGAAAUUCUGGUGACAAACUGCAAGCAGCUGGAACGUCUGUCCUUUGGCUUACGGUUCGACGACUCUACGGUGCCCUAUGAGCUGGUCUGCCGGUUGCCCAGGCUGCAGCAUUUGGAGGUAUGGCACUCAGGUUCUAUACACGACUCUUUUAUCGAGGGAUUGAUGAACAAACAGGGCUCUCCUCUGGAAAGUCUUAUCCUGGAACGUUGCGCGCUGUCCGCGGAUCAGAUUAGGAAUCUUCGCAGCAUUUCUACACUUAAGGAACUCAGUAUUUCCUGCGCCCACCUCCCCUUGGAGGAUUUACGGAAGCUGAAGAGCCUUCUAUUCUUCCGCAUAUACAUGCCAAGCAUUACGAAUGACCAAAUUCUGGACCUCCUUAAGGGUCUUCCUCGCCUAAAAGUUCUUAAUUUACUAAAUUGUCGUUGUAUCGACAAUUCAUUUGUGAGUACUGUUCGUACCUGGAGCGAACAGAGAGAGAUCAAAAUCUAUCUCGGACACACAAAUAAACACGAUAUUUUGUAUGCCAAUCCCUUGGUAGAAAUAAAUAAAAGUAUUUUAGCUCCCGUAUUCAUAAACAAAGAACUUGGUGAACGACACCAGAGCUAACAAAUUUAUUAAUUUUUCCUGAAUAAAU